GUGCUUAACUGAGUUUACCAAAAUUAUGAUACAGUAGAGGGGUCAAGCAGUGUCAAACGGACUUAAAAAGCUCUUUUAGCUCAGUUGUCCAUAAAACCUCGACACUUCAAAGUGAAUAGGAACAUGCAUUUUUCCGUUGGGUUUCUAGUGACCAUACUUUCAAUCAGGAAGGUCCAUUCUCUAGUUGAAAUAACGAACUUUAAGUGUGAGUCAUUGGAUCGAAACUUUUCCAACUUCGAGUACUGUCGCCUAAAAUCUGUGAACCGGACGUACAAAUACAUUUCCCUUAAGGUCAAUCUCUUCCAAACUCCCGUGAAUCAAGUUAAGGUUAAUACGGCUCUUUAUAAGCGCUUGAAUGGCUAUAAGCCCUUUCUCUACAAUGUAACUGUAGACGGAUGCAAAUUUUUGAAAAACCAGAACUCAAGUCCCGUUUCUAAGUACAUCUUCGGUAUUUUCAAAGACGUCUCCAAUAUAAACCAUUUCUGCCCCUACGACCAUGACAUAUUUGUGGAAAAGCUAUCAGCAGAGAAUAUUAAUUUUCAAAUAACGAAAAUUCUUCCUUUUCCUGAAGGAAAAUAUAUGGUUCAAAUGCACUGGUUCGCCUAUGAAAUUAACCGAGCUACAAUUCGAUUACAUUAUACACUCACAUAA